AUGCUGAUCCUCAAGGAACGCGACGUGUACAGCUUGCUGUCAGAUCUCACCGUGCAGGAAUGUCGGCGACUUCUCGACAGCUUGCAUGGCAUUCUCCGAGAAUAUACGCGAACGAAGCAUGCAGCGCCGUCCAACCGCACAAUCAUCCAACCCCAUCGAGCCGUCAUCACCACCAAGCUCGGCAACACCACUCUGUUCAUGCCCUCGUCCGUAACGACGACCACGGGCAUGAAGGUCGUUACUAUCAGCCCGACGGGGUUGAAGGGAGCAAUCAAUGUGUUUUCCCCCGACGGGACGCUGCUGGGUCUCUUGAACGCCGAUCAUGUCACGGCCUUCCGGACGGCCUUGGCCGUCAUGAUCCCCUUUGUACGAUAUCCGUAUUCAAAGGAACACAUAGUUGUCUUUGGCGCCGGGCGACAGGCAGAAUGGCACGUCAAGCUGGCCUUGCUGUUGGGCGAGGGGGCAGUGAAGCGUAUCACGGUCGUCAAUCGGAGCACACCACGAGUGAUAGAGCAAUUGUUCGAGGUCCUGCGGUCAAAGUAUCCAGGAACGUCUUUUGAGGUCCUUCUAAAGACAGACUCGGAUUAUGAGGCCAAGCUGGAGGAACUUCUCAAAGCUUCCAACGUGGUCUUUUGCUGUACACCUUCAACAGAACCUCAUUUCCCCGCGUCAUAUCUCGACCACAACCCGCGCUACAUCUCACUUAUUGGGUCGUACAAGCCAGAGAUGCAGGAGGUUGAUACCGAGACGCUGCUAUCAGGUGAAUACAUCUACGUCGACACCGAGGAAGGGUGCCUUUCCGAAGCAGGAGAGCUGAUCAAAGCGAAUGUGCAAGAGCACCAGUUGAUCGAGCUGGGUGAACUUCUCAGCGACAAGCCGUUUGCCCUUCAAGGGAACCUCGUGUUCAAGUGUGUUGGCUUGGGAAUCAUGGAUACUGUCAUGGGUGGAGAGCUUCUUCAAAUGGCAAAAGAAAAAGACCUUGGGCUGAUCGUGGAUGACUUCUGA